CAAAGCUCACAGAGAUCGAGAGCAAACGAAGCCGAAAGAAUGGAGAUCUUUUGACCCCUCUCUCUCUCCCUCCCAUCUCGCUCUUCCCUUCUUUUAUCGAGUCACGAUCCGCCUUCUGGGCUGGCGCGAUGGCGUCUUCGCCGAUCUUUCCUCGAUCCGCUUCCUUCUCCCGAGUCGGAUCCACUCCGAGAUCGCCGUUUUUUCUUUCCUCGGCCGGCGUCGUCGUCCCGGCCGUCUUUUUCGGCGGGAUCGGUAGCAGGUGCCGCAGCCGCCUUCUCGGCAGAUCUAUCUCCGUCAGGAGCGUCGCCAGCGACCGGGAGGUCAAGCGUUCCGUCAAUGAUGGUGGUACCCCAAGUUUCAAGAAAUCUAUUGCAAAUGAUGCCUCAACUAUAGCAUCAAAUAUAAAGUACCAUGCUGAUUUCACUCCCUCAUUCUCUCGGGAGAGUUCCGAUCUUCCAAAGGUUUACUUUGCUACUGCUCAAAGUGUUCGUGAUGCACUAAUAAUAAAUUGGAAUGCGACUUAUGAAUACUAUGAAAAGAUGAAUGUGAAACAGGCUUACUAUCUUUCAAUGGAGUUUCUUCAGGGAAGAGCACUGUUAAAUGCAAUUGGUAAUUUGGAGCUAACCGGCCAAUAUGCAGAAGCAUUGAGGCAACUAGGACACACUCUUGAGAAUGUUGCGGAGAAGGAACCAGAUGCUGCACUUGGGAAUGGAGGUCUAGGACGUCUAGCUUCGUGCUUUUUGGAUUCCUUGGCAACUUUGAAUUAUCCUGCUUGGGGGUAUGGGCUUCGUUACAGAUAUGGUUUAUUCAAACAGAAUAUCACAAAAGAUGGACAGGAGGAAGUUGCAGAAAAUUGGCUUGAGAUGGGAAAUCCCUGGGAAAUUGUUCGAAAUGAUGUCUUGUAUCGUAUAAAAUUUUACGGCAAGGUGGUCAUUGGUUCAGAUGGAAAGAAGCAUUGGAUUGGUGGGGAGAAUAUUGAAGUUAUUGCCCAUGAUGUACCAAUUCCUGGAUACAAAACUACAACCACAAUUAACUUGCGUCUCUGGUCAACAAGAGUGCCAUCCGAAAAUUUUGAUUUGGGAGCUUUUAAUUCUGGAGAACAUGCCAAAGCAUCCAAGGCACAUUCAGAUGCUGAAAAGAUAUGCUAUAUAUUAUAUCCUGGAGAUGAUUCUCUAGAGGGAAAAAUUCUGCGGUUAAAACAACAAUAUACACUUUGUUCGGCCUCUCUUCAGGAUAUUAUCGUGCGCUUUGAGAAGCGCUCUGGAAGUUCCAUUAAUUGGGAAGAAUUUCCUAACAAGGUUGCAGUACAAAUGAAUGAUACUCACCCUACUCUGUGCAUCCCAGAAUUAAUGAGGAUACUGAUUGAUGUGAAAGGUUUAAACUGGGAUCAGGCUUGGAAAAUCACUCAGAGAACUGUCGCAUAUACAAACCAUACAGUUCUUCCUGAAGCUUUAGAGAAGUGGAGUUUGGAGUUGAUGCAGAAGUUACUUCCACGACAUGUGGAGAUCAUAGAAAAGAUAGAUGAUGAGUUGCUUAAGAACAUCAUUUCGGAAAAUGGAAAGGAAGAUCUUGAACUUUUGGAGAAGAAACUCAAAGAUAUGAGAAUUUUGGACAAUGUUGACUUUCCAGAUCCAGUUCAGAAAUUGUUCCACAAACCAAAGAAAGAGACCAUAAAAGGGAGCCUAAAAAAGAUCUUGACAGAAGCUCCCCUUCAAGCUGUACAAAAUCUUCUAGUGAAAAAUUCCAGUGUUCUGGAAGAAGAUUUGUCUGAAAAAGCUGAAGCAGAGGAAGAAGAUCCUGAAGAUGGAGAACCAACAUUUUUGAAAUCUAAUCUACAGUUACCUAAGAUGGUUCGCAUGGCAAAUCUCUGUGUUGUUGGUGGCCAUGCAGUGAAUGGAGUUGCUGAAAUACACAGUGACAUAGUUAAAAAGGAAGUGUUCCACAGCUUCUAUGAGUUAUGGCCAGAAAAAUUUCAGAAUAAGACAAAUGGUGUAACUCCUCGUCGCUGGAUACGUUUUUGCAAUCCUGAAUUGAGUGGUGUAUUAACUAAGUGGCUUGGUACAGAUGAAUGGGUUCUGAACACUGAGAAGCUAGCAGAACUUAGGAAGUUUGCAGAUAAUGAGGACCUCCAUUUGGAAUGGAGAGCUGUUAAAAGAAACAACAAAACUAAAGUUGCUUCAUUUAUAAAAGAAAAAACAGGAUAUAUGGUCAGCCCAGAUUCUAUGUUUGAUAUUCAGGUGAAGCGGAUUCAUGAAUAUAAGCGUCAGCUAUUGAAUAUCCUAGGAAUUGUCUACCGCUAUAAGAAAAUGAAAGAAAUGAGUGCAAAAGAGAGAUUAUCCAGUUUUGUACCUAGGGUCUGUAUAUUUGGCGGGAAAGCUUUUUCUACAUAUGUUCAAGCCAAGAGAAUAGUUAAGUUCAUCACAGAUGUUGGGUUCACAAUAAAUCAUGAUUCAGAUAUUGGAGAUUUACUGAAGGUUGUCUUUGUUCCUGACUACAAUGUCAGCGUUGCUGAGAUGCUCAUACCAGCCAGCGAGUUAUCCCAACAUAUCAGCACUGCUGGCAUGGAAGCAAGUGGAACCAGCAACAUGAAGUUUGCAAUGAAUGGCUGCAUCCUAAUUGGAACUUUGGAUGGAGCCAACGUUGAGAUAAGGGAAGAAGUCGGAGAAGAUAACUUCUUCCUCUUUGGUGCUCGCGCUCACCAAAUCGCUGGUUUGAGGAAAGAAAGAGCGGAGGGAAAGUUUAUACCGGACCCACGAUUUGAGGAGGUAAAGAAAUUUGUCCGGAGCGGUAUAUUUGGAUCCCGUAACUACAACGAGCUUAUGGAAUCCUUGGAAGGGAAUGAAGGAUUUGGUCGUGCAGAUUAUUUUCUUGUCGGCAAGGACUUUCCAAGUUACCUCGAAUGCCAAGAGAAAGUUGACGAAGCAUUCCGUGAUCAAAAGAGAUGGACAAAAAUGUCAAUCUUGAACACAGCCGGCUCCUUCAAGUUUAGCAGUGACCGGACGAUUCACGAGUACGCAAAGGACAUCUGGGACAUCAAACCUGUUCUCUUGCCUUGAAAGAGAAGCUGAAUCAACUACAGUUCUUUGAAAUAAGUCGACGCGUUAUCAUCCUUUUCCAGCUUGCAUGUUCAUGUUUGUAUCAUUGCUUGGAAAGGAGGCGUCACAUAUCCUCGCAAGAAAAUGUUCAGGAAACACACAACUGUUUAUUUCUCAAUGCAUUUCCCUAGUCUCUUUUUUCGUGUU